AUGCCGACGUGCCGUCCAUCACGGAAAUGGAUUGCUGCUCUGACUUUUUUCGGAGCCGCAAGAUGGUACAAUUUCGGCACUUUUGUCGGGACUUUUCGGCAUAGAUAUGUCGGGCACAGACAGCAGGUUAGUCUACACCAAGCUGACAGCGAUGAAAGUGCCAUGGUGGACACCAUUUGGUCCAAAGGUGACAAGCCAGAAGCAAGUCCCGAGAGGGAGGCGAUGGAAGCUGAACGAAAGCAGCGCUGGGAGAAGGUGCACAAGGAGAAGGAUCCGGAUGGGGAUCUUUUCGUUUCUAAGAACUUUCAUGCCAAGCGUCUGGCACGGGUCAUCAAGAAGCGCAUGCAGUUGAGCGGGCGGGCGGUCAUGCGUGUCAUCGGAGAUCGUUCAACGAACCAUGCACUCAAGGCAGUUGCUAUGGCCAACGAGAUGCUUCAAGGAAGUGACCUGAAAGGCGAACAGGUCCUUGGAGCCGUGCCAUACUUCAAGCAGGUCAAAAUAGAUGAGCAGGAUGAUCUUGCAAAUGUCCUGUUCCUCGAGUGCAAGCUUCUUCCACGACCCAGGUUGGAGGAUGUGACCGUAGAGGAGAAGCAGAUCUUGGCCACAGGCACCAAGGAGAAGAUGCCCAAGAUGGCUGCAGCUUUGAAGAACCGCCUCAGGGAAAACGCAGCUGCCGUCGUUCUUGGCAUGGGACCUCGGCAACUACAUUUGGCUGUUAAGGCCAUCUUGCAGGCUGGGCGCUUCCUGCGUGAGGACGAGGGCGAGCAGGGCGAUGGACUGAAGGUUCCUGCCAUCGCCGUGAUGCCAGCCAUGCAGGAGUUCGCUCCCAGGUUAGUGAAGUCGCGAAAGUUCAUGAAGAAGGGCGAGGAUGAUCCAGUUUCGAUUGGUAUGAGGCUCAUGUUGUGA